AAUAGUAAUUAAAAAUUUAUUUUUAAAAAUAAGAUUUAUGUACUCGUGAACGUGUUUUCGAACUAUCUUAUUGUCAAAUCGUAUUUAUAGUUUUGGUUUAUGUCAAUAAAAAAAAAUAGUUUGAUAUUAUAUUGUAUUCGAAAAUUCGAAUAGUAAUUGUAUUUUUUACAAAAAGCAUUUUACCAGUAUGGAUUAUAACGAAGUGAAAAUUAAUUUAAGAAAAUUUGCAUUUCCACUUUCUACGGAAAAUGCAUUAAACCAAAUUCAAACUAUAAUUAAUGGAGAACCUACUCGCAAACAACAUUUAAACGAAGAUCUCGCAAUGGAUUUGAUAUCGGAAUUUGUGUUUUGUGAAACCAAUGAAGAGGGAAAAUCAACAAAGCCAAUGUCUCGAAUUAGGCACUUGGAAUUAUUAGUGAUGAUUUGUGAAUAUUUCAACAAAACGAAAAUCAAACAAGAAGCAGACAAUUGUUGUGGCGAUACUUCGCUCAACGCCAUAUUCAUGACUCUUUUCCCACAAUUUGGUGCGCCACCUCAACGAGCCAACAUGUUAGUGAGUCUGGUAUCGUUGGCUAUAACUACUUAUAGCAAUCUUAUACUACAAUCGACGGGUGUACAAAUGCAACAACUCGGAUGCUCUUCUAAGUAUAGUUUACAGCUGGCUGAUGGACUCGUCAAAAAAUUUUUCACUUUUACCAGUUCUAAAGACACGGCGUUAAACGCACUACCUCAAAACGCUCCAUUAUUCACUGCAAAUCUAAUGACAUCUUUGUCGGAACUUUAUUUUAACACAAAAACUGACAUGUGCAUUAAAGAGCCGCCACGGAUAGUUUUGGAGACUAUCGUUCGUUGGAUAAAUUCAGAUCCUUGUUUAUGCUUUACGGCACAUUAUACAGAUCUUCAGCGAGCUCUACCGAGUGGUGCAAUACCAAUGGUGGCCACCAUUCCAUUUUACGGUUUAUUCAGAUGGUGUUUCCUUGCUCCUUUAUUUGUACAGAACAGUACUGAUUUAGAAUUAUACUCUGAACUACAUUGUGCUUUAAUAGAAAGCGUUAUGCAAGGAUGGAAAGUAUAUUCUCAACAGAAUCAACGAGUCGAUCGACCGUAUACGUUGAACACGCAUUCGUUGGUCCCUCCUCUGCUAAAGGAACGGAUUGAAGAAGCUUUAAAAUCAGGUGACCCAACAUUAAGAAAUUGUGUUGACAUUGUCGUUGAAAGACUCGCUCAAAGUAUUCAAGCAGCUAUAAUAUCCGAUACAAUUUUUGGGAACAGGCUGGAUUUGGUCAAACAGUUAGAAUCGCUGCCACAAAAUGAUGUGCUACAAGCCCUAAUGAAACGUAUUCAAGCAUGAUAAAAAAACGCAGUGUUUUAAAUUAAUUUAUUCCAUUAUUGGAAUUAAAUGUACUCUUGUUCAAACAAAAAAAAAAUAAUAAUAAUGAUAAUACCUAUUUUGACUGUAAAAUAAUCAUAAUUAAUAAACAAUGAUUCAAAUUUUAUUUUUAUAAAA